ACAAAAUAAAUCUUGUUUGUGACGUUGGGAAAAUUUUUCUUCAGGAUCUCUUGAGCUAUAGAUGGCAGCAGAGGGGCAGUCUGACACAAUGACAUCUGACAUGGAAGUGCAUAUGAAGCAAAGGUGUGUCACUGAAUUCCUCCACGUGGAAAUAAUGGCACCCACUGACGUUCAUCAAAGCUUGCUGAAAAUUUCUGGAGACCAAACAGCGUGCGCAGUGAGAUGUGUACCAAUCUACCACGUAGGUGCUUCAAGAUUUCCCAUUUGGCCAGAAUGGAAUGAAGCUGACAUCAGUGCAGAAAAAUGGGAUUCUGCAAAAGUUGGAAAAGAGAAAGAAAAGGCUGGGAAAAGUCCUAUCUCUCUUGUCUUUGAUGAUCCUGAAGGAAAAAUAGAAUUGCCAGCAUCCUUAAAAGUACAUUCGUGGAAACGACCACAAGAGUUUUCAGCAAAUGAGACUCCUGUGGUGGUCAAAAAUGAGAUCUCAUGUGACCUUUUUUCAGCAAAUGAACAUUUAUUUUGUAGUGAGCUGAUGCGAUGGAUUAUAAGUGAGAUUUGUGCUCUCUGGAAAAUAUCUAAUGAAAAAGCCUUGUCUAUUGGAACAUCCACGCUGUUUUGGAGGCCGUGGGAACAUAUUUAUCCCUCCACUAAAACUGCUAAGGGACACAUGCCUCUGUACAAUAGCUAUGGAAAAUAUGUAGUGAAAUUGUAUUGGAUGGGCUGCUGGAGAAAGAUCACUGUGGAUGACACUAUGCCUUUUAGUGAAGAGGGUAAUUUGUUACUGCCAGCUACAACAUGUCAAACUGAACUUUGGCCAAUGCUGCUGUCUAAAGCUAUAAUUAAGCUGGCAAAUACUAGUUUACGUGAAAAUGAGAAAAGAGAGCUGGAGGAAUUUACAGUUCUACAUGCACUGACUGGAUGGAUACCAGAAGUUAUUCCUCUCCAGCUUGGAUACUUGGAUAAAGUCUGGGACCUUCUGAAAAUGAUUGUGCCAGAAUUUAAGUGGACAGAUGAGAAUACUUCUCAGGCAAAUACAAAACCUAAGGAGGCCAAAGUCUCAGUGUUGAAAAAUGAAAUUUCAUCUGUGAACAAACAGCCAGAUAAACCUGAGAAAGCAGAGAAAUCUGACAAAGAAAAAGCAGAGCAGAAGGAAACCGGGAAGAAGAAAAGUAGAGAUGGAGAAAAGGAAAAAAACAAGUCAGUGCUUCAUGCUUCAGAACCAUCAACAGAAGUGCAGUGUUCUCCUCAAUCUUUAGCUGAGAGUUCUUCUGUGCCAACCCAUCCAGAAAUGGCAGUCUAUGCUGUUUGUAUACCAUUACAUUUGUCUGAAGAGAAGAUUUUUUCCUUAGUUCAGAUGACUGAUUCUUCAGAGAAGCUAAGACAGUAUGGGCUUUCACAAGCAUACAGCCAUCCCGUCCUGGUUACUAGAACUAGAUCCUGCUCCCUGGAAGCCGCAAAGCAACCAGCAUUACCAGUUGCUCCCUGGAAGCUUUUCCGUCAGAAAAAAACAACUGUUGCAAAAUCUGAACCUCAAGAACCUGUGUUAGAGAAACCUGAACAAUAUGUUGAGGUUGCUAGCCUUUUUUUAAAUCACAAAUUCAGUCCUAUCAAAAUACCCAAAGAUAUCUCCUUCACACAGUCUACCAUCCAAAAAGGAUUUCAUUUGAUGACCCAUCUCCCUUCUGUCACUGAAAGCAAUGAAAAUGUAGAUGACAGUAAUGUGGAAAUGAAUCAAAGUGGGAGACGCUCAAAUGUGGAAGAUUAUUCUCAGGAGCAGCAUAAAACAGAGAGACGCACUGGAGAAGAAUUGCACGAGAAUUUUAGUUCUAAUGCAAAACAAAUGUCAGAAACAGCUGAUGCUGUUAUGAACAGCAAUGCAGUGGAUGAAUUAAAGGAAGAAAUCAAGUCAGAAAAAACUUCUGUUUCCAAGGAAACCUGGAUUAGCGUUGAGGACUUCUGUGUUUGUUUCCAGAACCUAUAUGUUUUUCAUAAGCCACAUACAUAUGCUUAUAACUAUCAGAAGACAGAUUUUAAGUCAACUGAUGAUCGAGUCUCCUAUUAUUUACUUGUGGACAGUCUGACACCUGUUGAAAUUCUGGUUAGUUUUUCUGCACUAGUAUGCUGGGAUGACACUGCAGCUGCUAAACGAGAAGGUUCUAGUAUUUCAAAGGCAUUGCUGAAGGUUGAACAUUUCUCUUGGAAAUGUGUGACUCCGGGGGAACUUGUGCUAAAGAUGCAUACAUACGCAACCAAAGCUACUGUGUUAAAUCUCCCUGUUGGACGACACGUACUUCUCUUUACAGUAAGUUCUGCUGUAGGGCACCAUAUUCAUCUUUGUAGCAUGGUGCCCUGUGUCUUUGGAGAAGAGGAUGCUGUAAUGCGAAAUCUCGAAAAGGAGAGCUACCGAUUUAUUGGGCAGGCUAUUGCUAUCCUGAAAGCUAUUGGAAAUGUGAUUAAUAAUUUCAGCAGUAAGCCCAAACUAUCUGAAGCUCUGAAGGAUUUGGAACUAACUCACUGUCCUCCUGGCAUCCAUGGUACUGAAAUGGCUGAAGAACAUUUUAAGGUUUUCAAUAGUGCAUUAUGGUCUUUGAUCAAAUAUGUAUUGGACAAGAAGAUGCCUCAUAAGUAUAAAUUUGCCUUCAGGUCCUUCACUUUAGAUUUUAAAUGCACUGAUCUACUUGAGGAUGACAGCGUGUCUUCAGAGAGUUGUGAAGUAAAUUCCCUAAGUAGCUGGCAGAAAAGAAUUCCUACUUCUGAAGAAGCAGCAGCAGCUCUUAAACUCCAAGCUGUUUGGAGGGGGGUUUAUGUGAGGAAAGUACUGAACAGCAGAAAACCAGGUACUAAGGAAAACAUUGCUGUAAAAGAAAUCUUGCAAAAAUUGUGGACUUCAAUUGAGUUAAAUUUUGAACAGUGUGCUGUAGUGCUGUUAAGAGAAAUGUUUAAAAGAAACUGUAACUCAAUCAAAAAUUUCCCUUGUUAUGAAGAUGAGUGGUGUAAGAUCUCUUUCGCUGACUAUGCUGUAACAUAUUCUGAUCAGCCACCAAAUAUUUGGUUUGUGGUUUUUAGAGAAAUAUUUUUUGUCCCGGAAGACAUGCUCAUAGUGCCAAAGAUGUAUACCACUAUUCCUUCCUGUAGACUUCAUGUAAUUGAUAAUGACACACUGGAGGAAAUGCCACAUGUCUUUUUGAAAGUGGCACCUCAUAUUUACCCCAAAAAUAAGAAAGGAUAUACAUUUAUGGCUGAAGCACAUACUGGUAACCAGUCUUUGACAGCUGGAAGAUGGAGGCUCCGACUCAUCAGUUCCCAUAGUCCUCUCCCAUUCCUCUCUCGUGAGGCUGUAAAUAACGUCUAUUCUACUAAAGAAAUCACAGAGUAUUACAUCCCCAAUGACAAAUGUGUAAUGUUUAGGUAUUUAGUGAAAGUCACAGCAUCACAUAUUGCUACAGUGCAGGUACAAACCUCUAAAUCAGAUGUGUUCAUUAAGCUACAAGUCCUAGAUAAUGAGGAGGAAAUUGUAAAUGUCACUGGAAAGGGCCAUGCAGUCAUUCCUGCUUUUAAUUUCUUGAGUAAUGAAACACUUUCGAGUUCCCGACCAAGUAAAAGCCAGAUUAUUCGAAGCGUUGGAAAGAAGGAAUCAGAAAGUGGAUUUAAAAGAAGAGGUCAUGUUUCAGCUCCAAAGGAUACCAAAAGUUCUUUCAAGAGAGGAAUUUCCCAAGAACGUCUGUCUGUGUUAGAAGAAGAAUCUUUCCCCUUGGAAAACUUUGAAAAUAAUCAGGGAAGUCCACAACAACCUCACAGGUAUAUCAUACAGGCAUUGGUGUUAUAUAAUAGUUGGCCACUCACUGAGAGCCAGAUUCUGUUUGUCCAGUCACUGAAAGAAACAGAGAAAACUGAACUCAAAGCACCUGGGCAAAAGCUUGAGGACCACAGUUUUCUCCUAAAGCUCAAUCAUUUUGAAGGACAAAGGUCUGCAAGUAUUCCAAAAUCAACCAAAAAAUCGAAAGAUAAAGCAACUGAAAAGUCAGAAAGGGAGAAGUCCAAUAAAGAAAAAGGAUCACUUAUGUCUCUUGCACUUCAACCUGAAUUUCAGCAAGAUGCUAUAAACAAGCCAUACUGGACUUUACGUCUCGUUAGUGAGCAGAGAGAGAUGGAAAUUCUGGAGGUGAAGAGAGACACACAGCGAGCAGAUGAGAUCAAAGCCAUGAAGCAAGCAUGGGAGUCUGCAGAGCCAGGAAGAGCUGUCAAGGCUUUUCAGGAACGCAUGCAAUUUAUUAAUAAGUAUGUUGCGAAAGAUUCUGUGGAGCCCAUAGCUGGGAUGGACAUUGCCACUUUAUCAUCCAAAUCAGAAGAAAGAGGUUCUUUUUCUCUUACUGUGGAAAAGACAGCAUCACAAACAGCAAUUGACUCAAGUUUACCAAUGGAGCAAAAAAAGUGGGAGCCUAUAGAUCUUAGUCCUUACAUGAGAAAAACAACGUCUGAAUCCGUGUUAAGAAAUGAAUCUAUAAUUCAACAGCAAGAGAAAUGCAAAUUGGAAAAAAUUAACCAUUUUAGGCAACUUCGAGAACUGGCUUUGGAACAAAGAGAAAUGGAUCAACAUGCUAGAGCUUUGUUGAAGCAAAAUUUGCUUGAAAUGUAUGAAAAUCUACAGGCAUCCUUAGAUGAAAUGCGAGGCAGAGUUCACAGCAUUCGGGAAGCAUACAGAAGCAAGCUGUUAAAGGCUGAACUCAGAAAACGUGAAGAGCUGGCAGCUCAUGAAGCAAUGCUGCAAACAGAGCAAGAGAAGAAAAGCCAAGAUGCACGCCAAAAAAAGCAAGGAAAAGGUUUGGGGAAAAGAAAGCAGUAGGAAGUACUACAGAAUUUAACUCAACUGUUUGGGAAAUUAAAUUUAUAUGCCAAGAUUAAAAAGACUAAUUACUAUUUUCCAGUGUUUGUGUCAAGUGUAUGACAUUAUAUCUGUCUGCUUGGCUCUACCAAAAAAAAUUGAUCUAGAAUUCUUUUAACACAGUAUCUGAUAUUUUGCUUUUCGUAAGUGGUACUCAUUGCUAUUAACUUUUGUACAUUUUACUGGAAAUAAAAUUUUGCAACAGAUAUCUAUACUGUAUUCCAUUUUCUCCCACAAUCAUGUUCUUAUCCUGCUUUUUUCCAGCCAAUCCAGUCAAAAACAAGCCGGAGUUGUUACAGUGAAUGUAACCUAUCAGUUUUUUAAGUCAUUAAUUAAAUAGCAGCAUACCACAUAUGUCAUAUGCAGUCAUUAGAAGGCUUCCCAAAGCCUGCUUUAAUAGACACGGACUAUCCCUGUACCAUAGUAUUUGUUCUCAUUCACAUGUGGCGUCAUUCUGAUAAGUGAUUUUGAAUCUCACAGUAACUCUCUGUAGUGGAAAACUCAUGGCACAAUCAUUCAAGGCUUCUCGAAUGCUCCCUAAAAUCCUGUUACUCUCUUUCCUAAGCUUUAUUUUUCCCUACAGUGUCUUUGGAGAAGUGAUUGCUCAGCUGAAACUUAAGUGUUUCUUAAAAGUAUAACCUGUAUGUGAAUGAAGUGGCAAUCACGGGCUUUUUGCAUGAAGGAUAAAAUACUUCUGCUCAGAAUUCUUAAACU